GACACAGGAUCACCCUACUCUUUGCGGUCGCGCAUCACGGUCACAUCUCUCUUGAGAAUCGGGAUCGCGCUUCUUAUAAUGGUGCACGCCCCUCUCACGCUCCAGGCUAGACAAGUCAUUCUUUACAAUACAGCCUGUGCAGUGAAGAUGGCGAUGUUUGUCUCGCUCCGGUGCGUGUCGGCAAACUUUUAUUCAGUACUGCCUCUGUUUUCGCGUGCGGCCCGAGCCCCUUCGUCCCGAUUGUUAUGGAAGGCCUGUACCCCGCGAACACUUAGCACGGCCUCCCAAUUGUCUGCAGCCCUCAAAUUCACAGACAAGCAUGAAUGGGUACGGGUAGAAGGUGGAGUGAGCACAGUUGGCAUCAGUAAUUUUGCUCAGGAAGCAUUAGGCGAUGUGGUAUACUGUGGACUGCCUGAAGUUGGAACAAAACUUGACCAAAUGGAGGAGUUUGGGGCGUUGGAAAGUGUGAAGGCCGCUAGCGAGUUGUACUCGCCCCUGAGUGGGGAGGUAACAGAAAUUAACGAGGAGCUGGCAGACAACCCCGGCCUGGUCAACAAAUCAUGUUAUGAUAAGGGUUGGCUGAUCAAGAUGACCAUUGACAAACCAGAGGAGGUGGAUGCGCUGAUGGACGAAGCGGCUUAUGAGAAAUUCAUCAAAUCGAUCGAUGACUAAGAGCCUUGCUGGAAGUCAUGCUUCCUCUGUCUCUUGAUAACCACAGUUAGAACUCAAACUAAUCCUUCCCGGUUCCACUGCGAGCUCCUGCUUGCUGGGCCUGAACUUGCUGCCACACUACGGGAAUUUCCCCACGGAAAAGCCCCGCCGGGAAUUCUUCCUAAUCAGAUUUCCAUCAUAUUUAUUUGUGAUUUUUUUUUGGUUGUUUUUUGUUUUUGGGUUAAUCCACAGGGUAAUUGAAAUUGUAACAUCUCGUCUUCUAAUGAGUGCCAUGGCACUGAUUUAAAAAAAAAUCAAAAACAAAAGCCGGGCAGAGCUUCAGAUGUCUUUUGGGCAUGUGCCCAUGGCAGACCUGACCUGACCUUGGCCUGGCCUUGGCCUGGCCUGUGUGUCAUUUCAGACCAAUUUCCUGGUGCUUCAUCCGAGCUGGAGUGUGUAGAGAUUCAGCAGUGUUGAAAGAUGAUUGUUGCAAAUGAAAUGCCUGUUUUAAUAAAAACAACAUUCAGAUGAAGUGCAUGCACUCUUCUGAUGUACUUGCCCAUGAA